CUGCCAUUUUACACGGAGCCUGCUGGCGCUAACAGGAGUCUGCUAACGUGUCUGUCCUGAAGGGUCUCCCCGCCGCAGCAGGCACCGUCUCCUCCAAGCACAGCACACACACCACAAGCAGAGACACACCUAACAGACACUUAAAAAACACGAGGCGAACACAGUGGCGAACAGUUAAAGACGGCUCAGGGUGAAGACAGGAAGGAGACAGUUUCCAUCGUGACAAGCAGAACAAAGGUAGUGGAUGGAUAGCCUGGACCCUGAAACGCUGUACGUGUCUCCAGAGCAGCCUGGGCAGCCCGAGCGCCCCUUCCCUGCCCCGGACGUCCCCAACAUGGCCCUGGGGGGUGGGAAGAAGAUGAACGGGUCCCUGGACCACCCGGACCAACCGGACAUCGAUGCCAUCAAGAUGUUUGUGGGUCAGAUCCCGCGGUCCUGGGCCGAGGAGCAGCUCCGCGAGUUGUUUGAACCCUACGGAGCCGUCUACGAAAUCAACGUUCUCCGAGACCGCAGCCAGAACCCGCCACAGAGCAAAGGUUGUUGUUUUAUAACGUACUACACCCGCAAAGCCGCCUUGGAAGCACAAAAUGCGCUUCACAACAUGAAGAUCCUGCCAGGGAUGCAUCACCCGAUCCAGAUGAAGCCUGCUGACAGCGAGAAAAACAAUGCCGUGGAGGACAGGAAGCUCUUCAUCGGGAUGAUCUCCAAGAAAUGUAACGAGAACGACAUCCGGCUGAUGUUCUCGCCCUACGGACAGAUAGAGGAGUGCAGGAUACUGCGGGGGCCCGACGGACUCAGCCGAGGUUGUGCCUUUGUGACGUUCACAGCCAGACAGAUGGCCCAGUCAGCCAUCAAGUCCAUGCACCAGUCCCAGACCAUGGAGGGCUGCUCGUCGCCCAUCGUGGUGAAGUUCGCCGACACGCAGAAAGACAAGGAGCAGAAGAGGAUGGCUCAGCAGCUGCAGCAGCAGAUGCAGCAGCUCAACGCCGCCUCCAUGUGGGGGAACCUGACCGGGCUCAACAGCCUCGGGCCUCAGUACCUGGCACUUUAUUUACAGUUGCUGCAGCAGUCGGCCUCCACAGGAAACGCACUGAACAACCUGCACCCCAUAUCAGGUCUGAACGCCAUGCAGAACCUGGCGGCGUUGGCGGCAGCAGCCAGCGCCACGCAGGCCACGCCGACCGGCUCCAGCGCCAUGACGACAUCCAGCAGCCCACUGAGCGCGCUCACCAGCUCAGGUAAACACACUGCGCCACACACACACACACUCCUGCAGGUAGGUUUACACACUCCCUGGUGCCUGUGUGUGAAGCUGACGGUGCCCCCUCCCCCAGCAGGUUCGUCUCCCACCUCCAGCAGUAACUCCUCGGUGAACCCCAUGGCGUCUCUGGGAGCGCUGCAGUCUCUGGCUGCCGGCGCCGGAGCCGGACUCAACAUGGGCUCGCUGGCAGGCAUGGCGGCGCUGAACGGCGGCCUGGGCAGCGGCGGCCUGUCUAACGGUUCUGGCAGCACCAUGGAGGCUCUGAGUCAGGCGUACUCGGGCAUCCAGCAGUACGCGGCCGCCGCCCUGCCCAGCCUGUACAACCAGAGCCUGCUGUCCCAGCAGAGCGUGUCGGCCGCCGGCAGCCAGAAGGAAGGUCCGGAGGGAGCCAAUCUGUUCAUCUACCACCUGCCGCAGGAGUUUGGAGAUCAGGACCUGCUGCAGAUGUUCAUGCCCUUUGGAAAUGUCAUUUCUGCCAAGGUCUUCAUCGACAAACAGACCAACCUCAGCAAGUGUUUCGGCUUCGUGAGCUACGACAACCCGGUGUCGUCACAGGCGGCCAUCCAGUCGAUGAACGGCUUCCAGAUCGGCAUGAAGCGCCUGAAGGUGCAGCUGAAGCGCUCGAAGAACGACAGCAAGCCGUACUGAGGCGCUGCGGCGCGACAGACUUGGUUAGGAAGGGUGGUGUUCUGAUCUCUUCCUGUUUGCCUAGCAUGUCGAUGUGACGUCACAGUUCAUCGUCCAGUCCUUGUCCCCCCCGCGCCUCUCUGACGCUUCCAAUUUCACCUUUGACCUUGUGUUCUCGCUGUUUGACCUUGAUUGAUUGAUUGAUUGAUUCCCUAGAGGUUUUUGUGUUUUUGUUUUUUUGUUUUUUUUCUCUUUUGUUGUUGCUGUUGUUGUUUGUUCUGUUGUUACCCAUUUGUCCUCUGUGCUGCCAACAGGGGGCGCUAGAAAGACUGCCGUGGGGAAAUGUUGAAGACGUUACAUUAGUAUUGUUACAAGCAAAAAAAGAGAGAAUCUAUUUUUCUAGAACUUACUGACGUAACCACUAGAUUUGUGCUAAAUCAUUUUAUUUUAGUUUUGACCUCGAUAGCUUUUUUUUUUUUUUUUUUUUUUUUAAAUUUCAGCUCCUGUGUCGUGCUGCAGUCCUCCCAGCGCCCCCCCAACUCUGGUUUUGUGUGGUGUGUUUUUGUGUGUGUGUGUGUGUGUGUGUGUGUGAAAGCAGCCAAUCAGACCUUGUGUGUGAGGGCAGGUGUGUAACUCUCGAAGUUGUUUAAAAAAAAAAAAAUUAAAAAAAAAAAUGUUACAAAAAGGUUUUUUUAGGAUGUUACAGAAAUAAAUUUUGUUGUGUUGGACGGGGGAAUGGAAGUGUAAUUUUGUGCGAGGAGAGCCGAGCAUGAGAGAAUUACUGGCAGGUUUUUUUUUCUCUUUUCUUUUGGGUGAUUAAUUCUAACGAGAAAGAAAAACCACACAAAUGAUAUGUUUAUGUUUUAUUUAAUUUUAAAAUUGAGAGUGUCUGCUCGCCACCACAAACACACUUUGUUCUUGUGAGCGUGUGUGUGUGUGUGCGUGUUUGUGGAGAACCAGUUACACAUAAAAUUAAAACCACAGAACACAGAGCAGAGUUUUUGUUUUGUCACAGUAACAGUAUAUGAUUUAGUAUGCAUGUUUUUUGUACCUGCACUGAAAUCCUCAGCAAAAAUGUGAUCUAGUUUGUGUUUAUAGAAUUUAAAAAAAUGAUGAAUAAACCGGUGCCAAAUAUUUUGCACAAUUGAUAUUUUUCUCCCUCACACACGACUUUCUGUUCAGUUCAGAUUAGAGUUCAACAAGCAGGGGUUUACUGGGGUGGCAGAAGGUUUAAUUAGGUUUUCACCCGUGUGUUUCAGCGUGAGUGUGUGUGUGUGUGUGUGUGUGUGUGUGUGUGUGUGUGUGUGUGUGUGUGUGUGUGUCACAUCGGGCGACAAAGCUACGAACAGCUGGUGAAUCUGACCGCGAGCGCUGCGUUCGUGUCACGUGGGAAGAACACGACUCGUCAGUCGAAAAAUCAAAUUAAACGAGCAGGAAAUAAUUUAAUGACACACUCAGAUCAGAGUGUGUGAAGCGCGACGGCCACUGAGGCGGGGAGCGGCGUAACAUUUCCAGAAAAAGUCAUGAAUUUACAAGAAAGAAACUCAAACUCUUAGAUCAUAAUGUUACACAUUUAUGAGGAAAAAACAAGUCGUUUUUCCUCAUUCUGCUGGAUUUAGUCAUAAGGAAGUCGAGGUGAUUUUAGCCUAGAAUCACAAUAUUUAAAAUGACUUGUUUUUUUUUUUUCCUCAUAAAUUUGUGAGGUUUUUUUUUCGUACAGUUGCGACUUUAAUUGUGAAAAUUCUGAGUUUGAGUAAUUUGACCAAAUGCGCUGUUUCAUGAAGGGCAGAGUUUGGUUUUUUGUUGGUUGAAGAAAACACGAUGAAAAUUUUGGAUUUACUUUCGCCGUUUACAGUCGCCGUUUUCCAGAUGUUUGUGUUUUUACGUCCCAGUCAGACACAUCUGAGCUCUGAGUCGGAUGUUGACGUGAACGCAGUUCGCAGUUGGGACUUGUGGGUAAACAAAAUGUAAAUAUGAGGCAAACGCCGUGUGACAAAAAAAAAAAAAAAAAAGUGACUUCAUCAGGUCGCUCAUCAGAGGGAAACAGCAACACCAGGAGCAAGUUUUUCCUCCGCUCUGCCGAAGGUGGCGUUUGGAGAGCCAGCGGAACGGGACAGCUGAUUGGCUGACGGCCGCCGGCGUCACCGGAGCAAAAAACUCGAAGCCGCUCGGCUUUUUGUGGCAUCGAGUCCGACGGCGACUCCUCAGCCGAGCGUCCGCAGCUUCCUGUCGCCCGUCGUGUCGACGCGCCGUAAGACUCAGGACCGGAGUCACGGCACAGCGCCUGUGUGUGUGUGUGUGUGUGUGUGUGUGUGUGUGUGUGUGUGUGUGUGUGUGCGCGGUUGUUACCCAGCGGCCCUACAGAUCCACAUUAAGCUUUAGUCUCUGUCUCCUCAUCAGUGGACCAACGUGAGUCUGUUCGUACUGAAGCCUCAAAACUCCAAACUCAAACCGACAGCCAAUUUUUAUUGAAAAUAUAUAUAUAUAAAUAUAAAUAUAUAUUUUUUUCAGAUGGAUUUGAAAAGCGAAGCAUCAACUCUGCUCUGACGGAGCUGAACGAGUCAGGGAGGCUGAAACCUAUGACGAACGUCUUUAUUUUUAAAAAAAUGUUAAUAUCCAAACUGAAGUCAGAGUUGAGCCGUCACCAGAGCCACGUCUUCUGGGAUGAACCAGCCCCGUCCUCUGGUGGAGUGUGAGUGUGUGUGUGUGUGUGUGUGUGUUGUGUAGUUCCCUGGGUGUGCUGCUGAAAGCUCCUCAUCAGCUGCUCAUCCACAGCACUGGAUUCAUGUCUCUCCAUUCACUUCCACAGCAAAAACAGCUCCAGAAAUAAAAUCGCACGUCCAGCAGAGGAACCAACACACAGGAUUAUGAAGUUAUAAACUCCAACAAGACCCGGUUCCCAUUUUUUUUCAUGAAAUUAACAUUAUUAGUGAAAGUACCAUCAGGUUGUUUCUUCCUGGCGUCAGGAUAUUAAGUGGAUGCUAUUUGCCAGAUCUACUUUCCAAUUCAAAUUGCAAAAUAACAAGGAGUUUAAUAUCAAAACGGAGCAGCUGAUGAGGAGCUUGCACCGCCGUGUGGACCAGGCAACACACACACACACACACACACACACAUCAGAGGACGGGUUCGGGUUUGAAAGAAAAACAGGAAGUGGUCCGGAUUGGCUUGAUUUGAUUGGGUCUCCUGCUCGCACGUCACAGGUUCUUGUCCCUGAUCUUGUGCUGCUACGCCGUCGUCGCUCGCUCUCCUUGUUCCUGGUACACAGCGGGUGAUCGCACCGCGUUCUUUCGGACUGUACUCUCUUGUUUUUUUGCCUUUUCUUUACUUCUUUUGUUUUCACUAGAACAACCAUCCUAUUGGGCAGUGAGGUUGAAAGUGUUGGGAGGUGAAAACCCAUGAAACCAGGAUGACCAAACUCCCUUCUGUGUGCGGACGGAUCGUGAACUCAGUAGAGCCUUUUUAAAUUGUACUUUCUGUUCAAGUCGCCUUUUCGCUCCGUUGCAUCGAAACUGAAAUGCAGUUCUGUUCUGUUUCUUUUUUUUUUUUUUUUUCUUCGGGUUUUUGUUUUUGUAUGACGUUGUUGUGGUUUUGAUGUGACUCAUUAGACAUUGCUGAAUUUACUCGAUGGCCAAAAACCUCAGUUUGUUUCCCUUCCUUUGGGUAGAUCUGUCUUCAGUGUUUGGAUCUUUGCCGUCUGCAGGACAAAAAGCUGAAGUGCAGUCAAGCUGUCAUUUCUGUGAGCCGAUUGUGUGAUUCCUAUUGGUUGGUUGGUUUGUUUGUUUAUGUACAAAUAAAAUGUUUGAGAAGAUUUACA